GCCUAUCCCGCACGUAAACUUGAAUCUCCGGACGAUCCCGCGGACUUUCAGUCCAGGCUUUGCGACUCCCCGAACCGCUUCGAAGUUAAUCACAUGAUUUACAUCUGUCACCUGGUCUGAGUGACGGAAAACUCGUCUCGAAAAUAGGUAAGCAUCGAAGCGCGAUUUGAUUCUCCAAGGUCGAGAAACAUGGGCCACACUGGAUACACGUGCAUUAGGCACGUAUUCUGCUCGCUCAACGUACUCAUCUGGUUGUGCGCCUGUGGAGUGCUAGGGGCUGAUCUGUGGCUUACUUUAUCAUACCGUGGGUACAUUACACUUGUACCCCAGUACAGUUUUAUAUCGGCUGAGUCUAUUCUGCUGGCUGCAGGAUGUAUCAUGUUCGUCAUUGCGUUCCUGGGGUGCUGCGGGGCAUGGUUUCAACUGAGGUUCAUGCUGAUAUUGUAUUUCAGUCUCGUGGUGAUGAUGUUCCUCGGUGAGUUCAUGUUCGGUGCCCUGGCGUUCAUAUUCCGUGAACAAGUGUCGAGGAGUCUGAAGCAUGAGCUUCUGUCGGGAAUUCAGGAGCACUACAACAUCACCAGGGAGCCGGGGACGUUGGCAACUAUUUGGGAUGACCUUCAACAGAGAUUUCAUUGCUGCGGAGUCAGAGACUAUACCGACUGGUUCCAAAUAUCUGCCUGGCCAAAUGACGACAGAGUGCCAGACUCGUGCUGCAUAACUCGCGAGAGAUACUGCGGUAGACCAGAUCCCGACGGUCACAAAAAAGAAUUGUGGUACAAAGACGGUUGCGCGUCAGCAAUUCAAAUGGGUUUUGUCACGAGGCUUCACAUUGUCGGUACCGUCGGCCUAGUUGUAGCCUUCCUCCAGCUAUUCGGCCUCAUCGCCAGCAUGAUUCUCUUCUGCACAGUCAGGCACAAGAAGGCAUCCCACUCCUACAAGAGCUACGACACAGCCAACACCUAGGAACGCGCGUGGAUCCCGGCAUACGGGAUCCACGAGACCGCUAUUACUGAAGAAACUGCUGCAUGAGGGCUCACUCGAAGGGUUCGCUCGAAAAACAAAAUAAUAUUGUCGAGAAACUCCCCUCAUUUUGUAGCGAUUGUUUGAAAGUGCGAGGGGGAGAGGGGAACAGCAUGAUUUAUUUUCUCUCUGAGCGUAGAAAACUGUCAUGAUUUUUUUUUUUUCGAAGAUUCUGGUAGAGCGAUGCGAUGCAUUUUCCGUGAGGAUCCAACGAUCAAUGAGCUUUAAAUGCUUGGCCACACCGAGCACAUCCAAAGUUGCGCCUUAGAGAUUUAUUAUCGAUUAAUCGUUAGGGAUAAGAGUAAUUUAAUCGUUGUAUUAUUGUUUAUACACCUGGCGGAGGUUCAGUUCAAUACAGAUUGUAUUAUUCGCAGAGAUCUACGUAAUUGUGGAGAAAACAGAAUUUUUUUCUGUCAAAAUGAGUUGACAGACGUUUUGAAAGAAUUUUUACGUUCAAAGCUCGGAAAUUUUUUUCUGAAAUUUAGCGCUCAUUUCCGGGAAAGAAUAUUCUAAGAAUAUUUAAUUAAAGUUACCCUAGGAUUAAUGUUUGUAUUUCCAAUUAAAUUUUGAAUCAAUGUAAAUUUUUUAAUGAGUAGUUCGUGGGUUUCCCACGAAAUUAUUUGGACUUUAAGUCGUAGCAAUUGAAGUUCUAACUUUUUUUUGAAUUUUUAUUCAAUUACUCAAUUAAGUUUUAUUUAUCUUGAAAAAGUGGCAUCACAAAUAAAUUGUGAAUGUUAAACUUAUCUAAUUAUUUCACAGAUCGUUGAAAAAUUUAUUUUCACAUUAAUUCGAAAAGAAUCCAAAUGCUCAACUUGAAAUUUCCGAAGUAAUUCUCUGUUGUAAGUACCCUAUCGAAUGUAAAAUACCGAAGAAUGAAUGAGUUAAAUUGUCUAGAACAAAACCUAAAUGUAUUUAUUACCAAAUGA